AUGGUGUUCGGCCGUGCGUCGAAACCUUCGUCGAAAGACUUCACCGGCACUUCUCUGUACAUCUGGUACGACUUUUUCUCCUGCCCUCAAGAUAUGCAUGGAGAAGCCCCGCUCCACCGAAGGCAGGCCAUCAACUCGAUCGUGAGUUAUAUCUCUCAGUGCAAGUACUUUGUCAUCCUGUGUCCGGCCUUGACUCAUGUGGAUCUGCAUCAGGAGCUCGGUCAGGAGACCUGGGCAGAGCGUGGGUGGUGCA